CCAGACGCUGAUACGAUUAUGGCGAACUCGUAUGCGGAAGGAAUUGAAAAAGUACGACGAAGUAAGGGUCUCUAUGCGUUUCUACUGGAAGAAACAGCAAUUGAGUAUGAGAAUACUCGCAAACCGUGUGAUACUAUGAAAGUUGGUAGCAAUUUGAACUCUCUCGGCUACGGGAUUGCUACCAAAAUUGGUAAUCCAUUAAGAGGAAGUUUAAACUUGGCGAUUCUUUAUUUGCAAGAGAAAGGGCAACUGAAGAAGCUUGAGAAUAAAUGGUGGUACGAUAGAGGACAGUGUGAUCAAGGCAUAUCGGAUAAUGCAAAUAGUUCAAGUUUGCAUUUGAGUAAAGUGGCGGGUAUCUUUUAUAUUCUUUGCUGUGGUAUGGUUCUUUCGUUGAUCACUGCUUUCUUAGAGUACAUCUAUCGGACUCGAAAACAGCAAUACGAACUUUUGAAGGUUCAAUUAUUUGCUUAUUCAUUUAUUUAUUUGUUCAUUCAUUCACAUUCAUAA